CCAUUGCGCAAUGAGAGAAGGUAGCCAUACAACAUGGCGGAAAACACAGAAAGCAACGUGGGUACGACAGACGGCGAAAAAGGGGCCGGAAAAACAGGAGAAGAUUUGAAUACGAUGUUUGACCGGUACCUCGACGAAGCAGCGUCACACCCCAAGUACGCCAACAAGAAGAAGGGUGACUUUUUAGUGAAGGAAAAUGAAGAAUUCUUGAAAAACUGGGAAGAGGAGAUUGACAAGAUCCCGGUGUUCAUGAAGGAGAUACCUGAAGAUGCAGGAGACAACAGUCUGGUAGCCGCACUGCAGGCAAUCAAGUAUGAUGAAGACGAUCCUCCAGAAGAGCUUGCCAAGACCCACAAAGACGACGGCAAUGCGUGGUUUAAGAAGAAGAAAUACAAAAUGGCCAUCACAGCGUACGACGAAGGUCUCAAGCAGAAAUUUGAAGAUGGCGAGCUGAGGGCGGUAUUGUACACCAACAGAGCGGCAGCCAACUAUCACCUAGGGAACAACCGGUCCUCUCUGAAUGAUGCCACGGAGGCAGUCAAACACAAUCCCAGUCACAUGAAGGCAUUGAUAAGGGCAGCCGAUUGCUGUAUGAAACUUGAGGAGUACAGCGAAGCCAUCACGUGGUGCGACAAGGCGCUGAAAAUUUCUGCCGAUGACAAAAGAGUCUUGGAUCUGAGGUUAGCAGCUACCAAACAACAGAAAAUUACAGAGAGGAACAACAGAAAGCGAAAAACUGAAGAAAAAGCGGCACUGGCGAGAAGGAUGAAGAUCGUGGAGGCUAUCAAGAGUCGGACGAUUCAGUUCGGUCAACUCAACGAUGACCAACAGGCCAAGUCCCAAGACCAGCUCAUACUGGACGCUGUCAGCAGUCAGCACCCCACGGGUGCUGCCAUCGUGCUGGACGAGUCCGGGAACCUGACCUGGCCGGUGACGUUCCUCUACCCAGAAUACGGCCAGAGUGACUUCGUCCGAGAAUUUCACGAGGACUCCAUUUUCUCGGACCACCUGCAGGUGCUCUUUGAGGAACCAGCACCUUGGGACAAGCAGGGAAUGUACAAGCCUCACACCGUUCAGAUUUACUUCCAUCAUUCUGAAGGCACUGAACUUGUCGAGGUGAACCCUGAAUCCACACUGAGAUCCAUUCUACAAGAUCCAAGGUAUUUGGUUGCGGGAGUGCCACUGUUUGUCAUCUUACCCAGAGGUUGUCCUUUCACGGAGACAUACCUGAAAAGGUAUGCAACCCUCUGCUGAAUCGACGGAAAAUCAAAAACAUCAGAGUGCAGCGAUUCUGCAGUUGGCCAGUCACGACUGCUGGCAGGCUGGUGGAAGCUGGCCCAUCACAGCUGCUGGCCGGCUGGUGGUUCUACGUUCUGCCGAGCAGCAGUCAGACGUGGAGCAAAGCCUGAAUCUGCGACAAAGUUGACCGUUGCGUCUCAUCGUCCCUCCCGGAGACCCUGCUAGCUGCCUUGUGCGUACCUCAGCCGAGGUAAGCAGCCACACUGCCACAGCAAAAAUAUCACUGUCAGAUUCUACUUGAUGACUGAAAGGAGCUAUCCGGUCUGUGCGACCUCUAUUGAGGGCGCUCUUUAUCCUAGUAGCAGCAUUGGCAUGUUGUUUGUUUAUGAGUAUUCCUUGACAUAAUGCGCACCAAAUGAAGUCUACGAUUUAGGGCGCUUAACGCACAGAUUUAGUAUUGGUGGUUUUUGGAGGCUGACCUACCCAAAUUUCCUGUUGUGAGAUAAGACCGUAAGACCAAAACAAAAGUCUCCGGUUUCUGGUAUGCUCACGCGUCGCUGUAGCCAUGCGCGUUGGCAGAAUUAAAAAGUUUUUUUUUUCAAUGAAAGAUGAUGUCUCAAAACCGCCAAACUCACUGGUU